UAAUUUAUUAUAAAUAUUAAAUUAUGAUUCACAUCACACUAUAGCCGACGCAUCACACGUCGGUUUGAAUAGCUGAACAAUUUUACACUUUUACAGUGAAUAUCGUUGUAGUAGUCGUUACGUUGUACGUACGAUACUUGCGUUUCUUUUGUUUGAACAAUUUCCGCGUGACAACGGAAAACGACCGCAAAUCCCAUUACGAUUCAUCGAGCGUUUCGUUCACUCGUCGAAACGACCUAGAGAAGGUCUCUCAGUAGUCGGUUCCGUCUUAGAAGUUCUCCGUUCACGUGACGACCAGUGUGAGUAAGAUGAAGGUAGUCAUAGUUUUGGGAUUGGUGGUCUUUGCCAUCAGCUCAGCAAGCGCAAUAGAUUUAAGUGAGAUUAUUGAAGAAGAAUGGAGCUUAUUCAAAGUUCAAUUCAAGAAAGUAUAUGAAGAUGUUAAAGAAGAGGUUUUCCGUAAAAAAGUAUAUUUAGAUAACAAGUUAAAAAUCGCCAGACAUAAUAAAUUGUAUGAAGCUGGUGAAGAAACAUAUGCCUUGGAAAUGAAUCAUUUUGGUGAUUUGAUGCAACACGAAUAUUCUAAAAUGAUGAAUGGAUUUAAACCCAGUUUGGCUGGUGGUGAUAAGAAUUUCACUAAUGAUGAAGCUGUGACCUUCUUGAAAUCUGAAAAUGUUGUUGUUCCAAAAGCAAUUGACUGGAGGAAGAAAGGUUAUGUGACUCCAGUCAAAAAUCAAGGACAAUGUGGAUCGUGCUGGUCAUUCAGUGCUACUGGAGCAUUGGAAGGACAGCAUUUCCGUAAAACUGGUGUAUUAGUAUCAUUGAGUGAGCAAAACCUAAUUGACUGCUCUCGUAAAUUUGGUAACAAUGGUUGUGAAGGCGGUCUUAUGGAUCUUGCUUUCAAGUACAUUAAAUCUAACAAGGGAUUAGAUACUGAAAAAUCUUACCCUUAUGAAGCCGAGGAUGACAAGUGUCGUUAUAAUCCAGAGAACUCUGGAGCCACUGACAAAGGUUUUGUAGACAUACCUGAAGGUGACGAAGAUGCUCUUAUGCAUGCUUUAGCUACUGUAGGACCAGUGUCUAUUGCCAUUGAUGCUUCAUCUGAAAAAUUCCAAUUCUAUAAGAAAGGCGUGUUUUACAAUCCUCGUUGUAGUUCCACAGAAUUAGACCAUGGUGUGCUUGUUGUUGGUUACGGUUCUGACCACAAAGGAGGAGAUUAUUGGAUUGUUAAGAAUUCAUGGGGCAAGACUUGGGGAGAUCAAGGUUAUAUAAUGAUGGCACGUAACAAGAAAAACAACUGUGGUAUUGCAUCUAGUGCCAGUUAUCCUUUAGUUUAAAUGAAUGUUUGUAAUUUAAAAUUGUAAACUAUUUUUUUUAAAACAUUUCUCAAUAUUUU